AUGCCCGCGUACCUGGAUGAAGACAGCUUUACUGAUGAAGACGACGAGCACGAGCACGAACACGACCAAGACGACCCGACUCCAACGGUCAACCGGUUUGCCAGUGCAUCCCAAAUCAAAAUCAACGACGGGUCGCCCAUCCUGCAACGACAGACGAUCAGAAGAAUCCAGUCGCUAUGUCAGACCAACAAGGAGAAGGAAGACUUUGUGUUUGACGACAACUCGUUCCUCACACAGUCAUCCAUAGUCCACUACAAGGUGAAGGAUGAUUUGCUUGAUCGAAUAGACGUCGUACAGAUGGUCAGGCUCAUGAACGGCUAUCACCUGCAUGAGUACAGUCAGAUCCACAUCAUUGAUUGUCGAUUCAAAUACGAGUUUGAUGGAGGCCACAUCAAGGGGGCUAUCAACAUCAGUAACAAAGACCAGCUACACGAACGGUUCAUAUCAAACAUGACCAGUGCGAAACUUACUAAUACUACUGGUAGUAACAAUGAACGGUCGUUACUCGUAUUCCACUGUGAGUUCAGUAAGUACCGAGGACCAGCUCUUGCCACGUACUUGAGGAAAUGUGAUCGUACCUUCAACAGCAACAACUAUCCUCGUUUAUCAUAUCCGGACAUCGUUGUACUUGACGGAGGGUACAAGAAGUUCUACGAGUCCCACAAACACUUGUGCACUCCGCAGGAUUACGUUGAAAUGAACGACUCACAGUACCAGUCGACCUGCGAGUUUGAAAUGGAUAAGGUUCGGCAAGAGAACAAGUUAACCCGCGCCAAGGCGUUGAACACGUUGCUUACGUCAUCCUCCACACAUUCACUUGCAUCUUCAUUAUCUUCGUCAUUAUGCUCUUCAACACCAGAGAUCCCAACCCUUAAGAGACAAAAGUCUAAUGGGAAGAAAGGGCUUCGGCACAAAACGUCCUCGUGUUCCAUCUCCAAAUUAUCUUCCUUCACGGGUGAAAGCCCUAGCCAUAAAGACUUCCAGCCAAAGGACUUCCAACCGCCGUCGCUCAACUCCCUUCAUAGAAAGUGGAGCAGUCACAGCGCAUCGACAACUUCGAUCAACUCCUCUUCAUCGUCCAUCUAUUCAGAUUAUCUGCUAACAGAUUCCCUCACUGAUGUUUCUUCAAUGACAUCUGACUCGUUGUUUGACUCCAGCAAUAAUCUCAUCAUUCAUAAGUCCAAGUCUUUACUACGACCCAUCACCAGGAAACCCAGUGUUUCAGUACCCCAAUUGCCUCCAUGUAAAGACUUCAAGUUCCCUAAUGAUAACACUAACAUUACAUUAUCUAUCCAGGAUGUCCCCCCACGGCUUCUGAAAAAUACCCCCAAAUUGUCACCGAUGAUCUCCCAAACAUCCCCCAGUUCCGCAACCACUCCCUUUUCAUCUCAUACGUUCCUUGACCCCAUAUUAGACACUCCCGUGGACUUUUCAGUGCCUACCAAUUGCUCAACAUUUGGCUCUAAGUCCCAAAAGAAACAAACCAGAAUGACGUCGCUCUUGAACUCGUCGUCGCAAAUGAUGUAUGGGUUUAUCGACAUCGAUGAAGUUAAUGAAGACGAGUUGGAUGACGAUGAUUAA